AUGGCAUCAGCUGUAAAUUCAGUGUCAGAAGACCAGGAAAUUUAUUGUUUCCAAUUAGUGGAAUUUGUUGGAACUCAUGGUUCAAAAUCUAAAAAGAAGCGUUCUUUGGAUAUAAUCCCUUCAAGUUGGAUGUCAUUUGACACUAAAGAAGGCAAACUUGUUGCAAAAUUUAUGCCCCCGCCUUACGAUUCUGAGAACAUCGAACUUUUAUAUUCUCUUGUGGAAACUGAAGGAAUUGCACCAGAAAGUUGGCCGACAUAUUCAGUGAAAAUUAGAGGUCAUGCAAAAACUUACAGUGAAGCUAUAAAACGAUUAAAAGUCUUAGAAAAUGAGGAUUAUGCUUUCACGGAAAAUGAGGGUCAGGAAAUUCGGGCAAAAAGCAUCGAAAGUAAAUAUCGACGAAAUAAGCUAACAUUAAGUCAACAAACUACUAAAGCCAUGAAGGUGUCAAGUAUUGAAUCAGAAGAUGAAAAACUCGAAGAGAGUGCUGACGAACAAACAACUAACAGUAGUUCAGACGAUUCUUCCAUUCUUGAGUGUAACAAGAAAGAUAGUUUUAAAAAACCUGCUAUUAAAUCAAAAACGACAGCAGCCAUUUCAUUAUCAAGCAAGAAAAACAGCAAGCCAAUUAUAAAAUCAUCUCAGAUUUUAGGCAAAAAAGUUUCAAUUAGCAAAGCCAACUUAAAUACUGAUUCGAAUUCAGCUCCUAAAGCGUUUGUGCAAAGUAAAGAUAUUAAUAAAAAUAAUAUAAUAACUAAACAAGAUGAUCAAUCUUUGGUAAAAAAUAAAAAAAAAUCUGAAAGUAAAAAGGGUAAUAGUCGCAAUGAUCGUAAAAAAGAUACGGUGCUGAUUAUAUCGACUUUAAAAGGAAUGGCUGUUGAUCUUCAAGAAAUGAAAAGUAAUCUAGAAUUGAUUCUUCAACAUUUUCGUGCAAACGAUCACUUUGUAGAACAGAAUUUUAUUUCGAAGUACAACUUAAAAGUCCCAUUUGAUACUUUAGAAAAUUUCAACAACUUUGACUCACUUUUGAGUUCUGAUAAAGAGGAAAUGAAAAGAGAUUUCAUUUCUUCAUUAAACGUUUUAUUAGAUCGUCAACUAAAUUUGGUGAAAAGUUGUACAAACGUUUGUCGAAAAUAUUUAUCAAGGGAUGUGAUCACUAAGUUUACAACAACACGGAAAAAAGAAGGGAAAUCUUUAAUAAAAGAAACGACUUUCUACAAUUGCGCCAUGACUGUGAUGACUCAAACGCAUAAGGAUAUUGUCACUGGGAGAGCUGUUACGGAACAAGAUUUUAAUGGUGCAAUUGCAAAAGUUUUAAAUAAUGCGAAAGAUUGGGACGGCGAGCGACAAAAACGGGCAUUACUAAAGUCAACAUCGAAGAAUAGAAAAGAAGAGCAGUUAAAAGAUGAUUCACAUCAUUCAAAUUCAUCAAACGAGUUUGAUGAUUCAGCUGACUACACUGAUGAAAAUGCCGAGUAA